AUGAAUAACAGCUGUCUGGCGCAACAUCUCAGCAGUGCAGCGUCCAUCUUUCUAUCGCUGUGGUUCUCCCUCUCUGGAUUAGCAACUGUAGCAGGAAAUGCGGUCGUGUUGUGGUUGUUCUACAAAAAUGAGUCUUUACGAAUAAUUUCCAAUGGAUUCUUAACCUCGUUGUCAGUGGCAGACUUGUUAGUUGGGCUGGUUAUAGACCCUGUCUGGAUCGUCAUCAGAUGCUUGAUUCAGCCACCGGUACAGAGUACUUUGCACUACUGUAUAUACAUGUUGUGGAUUCACACAACCACCGCCACAACCUUUAACUUGUGCUGCGUUUCCGUAGACCGGUUUAUUGCGAUUAGGUUUCCUUUCCGUUACCAGGACUUUGUAACCAAGAAAAGAUGCUGUUUGGUGAUUAUUUUGGUGUGGCUGAUUUCAUUAUGUCUUCCUUUCACGGCUAUUUCGAUAGGUUUGUUGGGAAAUAUUGCGAGUACAGUGCUUUGGCUGUUUUGGGCAUUUUUAACAUUUGUCGCUCCAUUAAUUGUAGUCACUUUCUGUUAUAUGUUUAUGUUUAAAGCUGCACGACGUCAAUGCAGAAGGACAUUUCCCAGCGAAAAUUUUCACAGCUCCAACGGAAAUAACAUUCCACGGAGUGGUAUCAUGAAACAAAUCAAAGCUGUUAAGACGGUCGGUUAUAUUAUAGUUGUUUACAUUGUUUCUUGGAUGCCCAGUCUGGUCUUACUCGUAGUUCAUUGUUAUUAUACAGCGACAAAUCAUCUCUGUGACGACAUCAAAGUAGACAAAGUUGUAUGGCCUUGGAUUGAGGCAAUCGCUUUUACCUCAUCAGCGAUCAACCCAUUGAUUUACUACCUCAGAAAAGGCGAAUUUCGCCGAGCCUUUCGUCGCACCUUCCAUUGGCUGCCUCGUGUUGAUGAACAAAAUUCGGUAGACCUUAGUGCACAACCAGAUCGAAACUGAAUGAUACAAAAAGGUGGAACUCGUAUCAUUUUUGCAAGUAAGGAAACAGAACACUGAGGGAAGUUCAUUCAAAAAUUAAAAUUGUAAAGCUGCCAAAUCAUAAGCCUGGCAUAGUUUUUAAAAUGGAAAACUUGAUUUCUGGGCACUUUUUUCAGUGUAAUUGUCUUAAAUGUGACUUUAGGCGCAAUUGAGAGGGUCAAGUCUUUCAUGACAUCAGUGCAAUAUUUCCUUGUCAAACGCUCCUCUCUGAGCAUUAGUCAGUAAAUGAUGCGGGCAGGAUGUCAGAAGAACUAACUAAGCACUUGUUUUUGGUGAAAUCCCUUACAUAUUAAGUCUAGGGGAAAAACAUUUCCUGGGCCAUUCUUUUGCUUUUCUUCAGAGGACUCGAGACCAUCGAACGUGAAAGUUUAUUCGAUUCAAAUUCAGGCCCAGAAGCUUUUCAUGCUUACUUACAUUUAUAUUUCUUUGCUUUUCUGCAAUAG